UUUCCUAAACACUUCAAGAUCUCACCCAAAAUCAAUUCAUCGACCAAACACAACCUCUUCUUCAACCCUAGCUAUAAACCACCACCAAUUAAACCAACAAAUGGCUAGCUCGACCGUCUCGACUAAGAUAGCAUGCCUUAUUCUAGUCACAAUGCUGGUUAUUGCACCCCAUCAUUCAGCACAAGCAGCCAUAGAAUGUCCUGCAGUGCUAAAAAUGGUGGGUCCAUGUUUGGAUUACUUGAAAAAAGGAGGGGAUAUUCCAACUGAAUGUUGUACUGGGGUUAAGAGCCUAGAUAGCAUCACUAAGACACAACCUGAAAGACAAGAAGCCUGUGAGUGUAUUAAACCUAUGGCUGAUUCUAAUAGCAUUAACUAUGACCUUGCUAACAAGCUUGCUCCUGCUUGUGGUGUAGACAUCCAAAUCAAUAUUACUCCUAAUAUGGAUUGCUCUACGGUCAAGUUUUAAUGCAGAUGAAAGUGAUCGAUAAGAAGCAGAAACUAUGUUUAAUAAGGAGUCCAUACUUCAAUAGAAUAAUUUAGUUAUUCCAUAGUUAAUUCAUGGAAGUAGCCUAUAUUAUGUCCAUGUAUUGUAAUUAAUAAAAAAAGUAUUAAGUGAUGAAAUCUUACACUCUUGUUGUGACAAAAUUACUUUGAUGUAACAAUUUCCUCGGACAACUUAUGAUUUAAUAAAAAU